UAGAAAAAGACACUGAAGCCUUUUGCUUUGAGUGUAGCCUGCACAUUGCAGCUUUACACAGUGUCAAGACGGAGAGAGAGAGAGAGAGAGAGAGAGAGAGAGAGAGAGAGAGAGAGAGAGAGAGAGAGAGAGAACCAUAGCAGACUCGGCUGAUGCAUCUCUCCCAGAGCAUCCAUUUCACGGCGCUCGCAGUUUGAAGCGGAGGAGACGGUGCGCAUUUCUCCGACGAACACGGUGCUUUCCUCUCCUCCGAAGUCAGUUUCCUAGAGCGGCUCGCGGGCGGAGAGACACUUUUUUUUGCUGCGUUUCUUCCCCCCCCCCCCCACUCCCAGACACGGACAGUAUUUCAUAACAACCCUGUUUACUUGGAGCGAAAAGCACCUCGUGCGCAGUUUCAUUCGGCGACACUGCGUCUCGUUUGUGGAGUGGAAUCGGCGACCCGCAAGCUCAAGGCGCACACGGAAUAUCCGACGGUUUCAAGUUUUCCUGGAAGUUGCGCAGUGACAGAACAUCAUGGGAAUCUGUGGCUGUUUGGCGGUGCCUGGGAAAUGCCUCGUCGUCCUCGGACUUAAACUGUUAUUCCUUGUACCUGCAGGGGUUCCAGCCAGAAGCGGGGAUUCUGUAUUAAAGGACAACAUCACCGUGAGACAGGGGGACAGCGCCGUCUUAAAAUGCAAUGUGGACAGCAAAGUAUCACGAGUAGCGUGGCUCAAUCGCACCACCAUUCUCUUCGCAGGAAGUGAGAAGUGGUCUCUGGACCCUCGCGUCAUCCUGAUGGAGAACACAGCAGUCACAGAGUACAGCAUCGAGAUCCAAAACGUUGACGUCCAUGACGAAGGGCCCUACAUCUGCUCAAUCCUCACAAACAAGAAACCAAAAUCCACAAAAGUGCAUCUCAUCGUUCAAGUACCCGCCAGGAUCACUAACAUAUCGAAGGACAUCGCAGUGAAUGAGGGCAGCAACGUCAAUCUUAUGUGUCUGGCGGUCGGUCGACCUGAGGCCAACAUCAUAUGGAAGCACCAUUCGCCAAGAGGGACUCAUAAAUUUGUGACAGAGGGGGAACAUCUGGAGCUGACAGCCAUCACCAAAGAGCAGUCAGGAUCGUAUGAAUGCAUCGCUUCCAAUGACAUUUCAAGCCCUGAUGUCAGGACAGUGCAAGUCGCAGUCAACUAUCCUCCCUUCAUUUCCAAAGCGAGGAGUACGGGUACUCCAGUUGGACAAAAAGGAAUCCUGCAAUGCGAAGCCUCUGCUGUCCCGAGGGCAGAUUUUGAGUGGUACAAAGAAGACCGCAGGCUCUUCAACGGACUCAACGGGGUGAAGAUAGAGAACCAAGGUAAACAGUCCAUGCUCGUCUUUUUCAACGUCUCCGAGGAAGACUAUGGAAACUACACUUGUGUGGCCAUGAACACCAUGGGAAUCACUAAUGCCAGCAUAAUCCUUUACGGGCCCGGGGCCAUGCAUGACGUGAACGGGGCCGCCGUGUUGCCCCGUUUCUCCGCGUGCCUCCUGCUGACUGAAACCUUACUCUACCUGCUGAAGUUCUGAUGGGAAAACGUGACCGCCUUCAAGCUUCUCUCGGUGUUGAGCAGCAAGAACAGACUAUCAGUCCAAUGAGAAGAACGGAAAGUUAAGAGUGCCAGCGGUUCACCCUUAGUUUUCCUUCUUUCUCUUUUCUGGCUUUGCAUCAGAGUCUGUUCUCUGUUGGCUCGCAAAGCGUGAGAGGCGUCAAUCCGAGGAAGGGAAAAAUUUGAAUCAUGCACUAAUUUGAUGAGUUUGUGUCCCCCCCUCCCCCACCCAAACCUUUUUUGUAUGUGAAAAGGGAAAAAAAAGAAGAAAAAUACAUGUAACUGUUGAUAGUUGACUGUUUAUUGCCCAAUAUUGAAGUGUACAUUCAGAUUAUUAUUAAUAUUAUUGUGUCAUGUACUGUUCAAUAUCUGUACAAUACCAUUAAGCUUUUUUAAGUAAACGACAAAAAAAUGACAAAAUGCAAUGUGAUUGUUGAAUUUUACUGUAUUUUUACAGUUGUAUGCAAAACAGAGUAACGGAUCCUUCAUGAUAAACAGUUCAGAAUAACAAAUAGUACACCGUGAUUUCUCAGGCAAAGUCCUACAGCAUAGUGCAUCCAAAUUUUUAUUUCCAUCCUAGUGUGUGUAGAAAAUGUACAUAUAUAUAUGUGUACAGACAAUUCCUGCACUGUUGUUUUUUUUUUUCCAAAUGCAUACGGUCAUCAGAUGACUUUUAAAACACCGAAUCACAGCGUCAUAGCAGCUUCACGGCACGUUCACUGACCGCUGAAAAUCUGAAACGGGACGGUCAGACGUUUAUGCGCAGCGUCAUUUAGGACAGAGGUGUUGCUCAGUGUGCUGCUCCGUUCUCGACAGUGAGAGUUGAGGCACAGGUUGUGCUGAUGUCAUCAUGGCACCGCAAUGACUCCUCACUAACUGCUGCUGUUCAUUCAUUAAACUACAUUUUCAUUACCCACAACCUCCUGAGGAUAUGAUUGGCUUUUGAAGCUUCAGUGCGUAACUAAAUAAUGAACGUCCGUUACAUUCAAGCCAUCGCCCCUAGGCGUGAUUUACAACCCCCUAAUAAUCAAAACUGGCCAGUGCAACCCACCCCAAAAGCUUAUUAUGAUUUCCUUUACAUAAACAAAGACAUUUGUACCAUAACUUGAUGCAGAAAAGGCACAAAUUGGGCGCCCGGAUAGCUCAGUUGGUAGAGCGGGCGCCCAUAUAUGGAGGUUUACUCCUCGUCGAAGCGGACCAGGCGCGCAAUCACGGAAGGCUUUUAUCAUUUGGACGCAACAACAGUUUUGACUUAGAAUUCCUCAUGGGGGAGACAGACACCACGCACUAUAGCUUUAACGUCUUCUUUUAAAGCUGAAUAUGUUAUGAUUCAUGCCGAAGUUAUCAAGUUGAAAAAUGUGUAGAAAUACAAACAUUUUGAUUUAAUCAAUAGCCUUUAAGUUUCUCAGACAGCCACAGUGGCUCUCUUUACACAAAUCAUGUGUUUGUUAUUUUUUCCAUUGAUGUGCAUUGGAAAAUAGUAGCUUAACAAUGAGUUAUAAUCCCUCAAAAUAUCUCUUAAAAUCCUAAAUAUCGCUGAAAAUGCAUGCAGUCACAAAGCAUUUACCAUCAAUUAAUAACAGCAGACAGAGCUACGUACAGGACAAUGCCAGACUGGGAUCUUAUUUACUAAAAGCAUACCAGAGCUUUGGAUAGUUUGAAUUUGUGUCUAUACAGUAACUGGCAGUGGUGGAAUGUAACUAAGUACAUUUAAUCUCAUGCUGUAAUAAAAAGGUGGAGUCUGGGAUUCUAAUCUAA